CCCCGGCUGCCGCUGAGGCGGCCGACAUGCCCGCGGGCGAAGCGCGCCCCACCGCAGCCUCCACCUUCUCCGAGGAUCCCGGGACAGCAGCUGGCGACGAUGGGCAUCGUGGGCGCCUGGGCGCUGCCGGUCCUGGCGGCGCUUUUGGUGGCACAGGGCGCGGGGCGCGGUGCAGAGAAGGGCCCCCCGGCACUCAACAUCGCCGUGCUGCUGGGCCGCAGCCACGACGUGACCGAGCGGGACAUCCGCGGCCUGUGGAGCCGGGACCGGGCGGCCGAGCUGGCCCUUGACGUCAACGUGGUGGCCCUGCUGGUCAACCGCACCGACCCCAAGAGCCUCAUCACGCACGUGUGCGACCUCAUGUCGGGCGCCCGCAUCCACGGCCUCGUGUUCGGCGACGACACCGACCAGGAGGCCAUUGCGCAGAUUUUGGAUUUUAUCUCCUCGCAGACCUUGAUCCCCAUCCUGGGGAUCCACGGCGGCGCCUCCAUGAUCAUGGCUGACAAGGAUGAGAUGUCCACCUUUUUCCAGUUCGGGGCCUCUAUCCAACAGCAAGCCAUUGUCAUGCUGAAAAUGAUGCAGGAUUACGACUGGCACGUUUUCUCCUUAGUGACCACCACCUUUCCUGGGUACAGGGACUUCAUAAGCUUCGUCAAGGUCACGGUGGACAAUAGCUUUGUGGGUUGGGACAUGCAGAACGUGAUCACCUUGGAUACUACCAUUGGGGAUGCCAAGACGCAGGUCCAGAUGAAGAAAAUCCACUCAUCUGUCAUCCUGCUCUACUGCUCCAAGGAGGAAGCCAUUUUCAUCCUGAGCGAGGCCCGUUCCCUGGGCCUGACAGGGUAUGAUUAUUUCUGGAUAGUCCCCAGCCUGGUCUCGGGAAACACCGAGACCAUCCCUAAAGAGUUUCCUUCUGGGCUCAUCUCGGUCUCCUAUGAUGACUGGGACUACACCCUGGAGUCGAGAGUGAAAGAUGGACUCGGGAUAAUCACCACUGCUGCCUCAUCAAUGUUGGAAAAGUAUUCCUUCAUCCCAGAAGCUAAGACCAGCUGCUAUGGGCAACCAGAAAAGACUGAGCUUCCACUCCAUACUCUGCACCAAUUCAUGAUAAAUGUGACAUGGGAAGGCAAAGAUCUGUCCUUCACAGAAGACGGCUACCAGGCCCAGCCCAGGCUGGUGGUGAUUGUGCUGAACAAGGACCGGGAAUGGGAAAAGGUGGGAAAGUGGGAGAAUAAGUCCUUGAGCCUGAGGCAUUCCGUGUGGCCACGGUUCAGCUCGUUCGUGGACAGUGAACCAGACGAUAACCACCUGAACAUCGUCACGCUGGAGGAGGCACCAUUCGUCAUCGUGGAGGACAUGGACCCCCUGACGGAGACGUGUGUCAGAAACACUGUCCCCUGUCGCAAAUUCAUCAAAAUCAACAACUCAACCAACGAGGGGACCAACAUAAAGAAAUGCUGCAAGGGAUUCUGUAUCGACAUCCUGAAGAAACUCUCGAGGACCGUGAAGUUCACAUAUGACCUCUACCUGGUGACCAAUGGGAAACAUGGCAAGAAAGUCAACAACGUGUGGAAUGGCAUGAUCGGUGAAGUGGUCUAUCAGCGGGCCGUGAUGGCCGUGGGGUCCCUGACGAUUAACGAAGAGCGCUCGGAGGUGGUGGACUUUUCGGUGCCAUUUGUGGAGACGGGGAUCAGCGUCAUGGUGUCCCGUAGUAAUGGCACUGUCUCGCCUUCCGCUUUCCUAGAGCCAUUUAGUGCAUCUGUCUGGGUGAUGAUGUUUGUGAUGCUUCUUAUGGUGUCAGCCAUGGCUGUUUUUAUCUUUGAGUAUUUCAGUCCGGUAGGAUAUAACAGGAAUUUAGCCCAAGGGAAAGAUCCCCAUGGACCUUCCUUUACCAUUGGCAAAGCUGUGUGGCUGCUCUGGGGCUUGGUAUUCAAUAAUUCUGUGCCCGUUCAGAAUCCCAAAGGGACCACAAGCAAAAUCAUGGUAUCAGUGUGGGCCUUCUUUGCAGUCAUUUUCCUGGCUAGUUACACUGCCAACCUGGCUGCUUUCAUGAUUCAAGAAGAAUUUGUGGAUCAGGUGACCGGGCUGAGCGAUAAGAAGUUCCAAAAGCCUCAUGACUAUUCACCGCCGUUUCGAUUUGGCACAGUGCCCAAUGGCAGCACCGAGAGGAACAUCAGGAACAACUACCCUUACAUGCAUCAGUACAUGACCAAAUUCAACCAGAAAGGGGUAGAGGAUGCCUUGGUCAGCUUGAAAACUGGGAAACUGGAUGCUUUCAUCUACGAUGCCGCAGUUCUGAAUUACAAGGCUGGGAGAGACGAAGGCUGCAAGCUCGUGACCAUUGGGAGUGGCUACGUCUUUGCCACCACCGGCUACGGCAUUGCCCUCCAGAAAGGCUCCCCAUGGAAGAGGCAGAUCGAUCUGGCACUCCUUCAAUUUGUAGGGGAUGGAGAGAUGGAGGAGCUGGAGACCCUUUGGCUGACAGGCAUCUGCCACAGCGAGAAGAAUGAAGUGAUGAGCAGCCAGCUGGACAUCGACAACAUGGCAGGCGUCUUUUACAUGCUGGCUGCGGCCAUGGCCCUCAGUCUCAUCACCUUCGUGUGGGAACAUCUGUUUUACUGGAAACUCAGAUUCUGCUUCACCGGGGUCUGCACCGACAGGCCGGGAUUGCUGUUCUCCAUUAGCAGGGGUAUUUACAGCUGCAUCCAUGGGGUGCACAUCGAAGAGAAGAAGAAGUCCCCUGACUUCAAUUUGACCGGCUCUCAGACCAACGUGUUGAAACUCCUGCGCUCAGCCAAAAACAUCUCAAACAUGUCCAACCUGAACCCAUCAAGAAUGAAUUCUCCCAAGAGAACGGCCGAUUUCAUCCAGAGAGGUUCCCUCAUUAUGGACAUGGUCAUGGACAAAGGGAAUCUGGUAUACUCUGACAACAGAUCCUUCCAGGGGAAGGAGAACAUUUUUGGGGACGACAUGAGCGAACUGCAGACGUUUGUGGCCAACCGGCAUAAAGACAAUCUCAACAAUUAUGUCUUCCAAGGACAGCACCCCCUAACCUUGAACGAGUCCAACCCCAACACCGUGGAGGUGGCAGUCAGCGCAGAGUCCAAACCAAACUCCCGGCCUCGGCAGCUUUGGAAGAAAUCUGUGGAGUCCCUGCGGCAGGAGUCCCUGCGGCAGGAGUCCCUUCAUCAGAACCACGGCUCCCUAAGGGAGAAUGUCUCGGAGGAGAAUCGGACUCAUUCCUUGAAGAGCCCGAGAUACCUGCCCGAAGAGGUGGCACAUUCGGACAUUUCGGAGACCUCGAGCCGAGCCCCGUGCCACCUGGAGCCCGAGAACAACCAUAAGCACCACAAAACCAAGGACAACUUCAAGAAGCGGUCGGUGGCUUCCAAAUUCCCCAAGGACUCUAGCGAGGUGGAGCUCACAUAUCUGAAAACCCAAUCCAGCACCCCCCGGGAGCAAAUCUACACGAUCGACACCGACCAGGAGCCGGGCUUCAACCUUGACCCGCCGCCGUAUGCUGAGAACGUUGUCCUGCCAGAAGACCCUGCAUUCCCCGACGUCUAUCGGGAUCCCAACGACAAUUUCCGGCCCGGGGGGGAUUCUCCGCUUCCCGCCAACAGGACUCCCUUGCACAAUGCCGACGUCCCCCCGGACAAUGACCAGUACAAGCUGUACCCCAAGCACUAUGGCACCAAGGAUAAGAAUGCCCCCCACGGCGAGGCCAAUGACCGGUUCCGGUCCAACUCCACUCACUGCCGCAGCUGCCUGUCCAACCUGCCCAGCUAUCCAGGCCCCCACUCGAGCCGCUCCCCCUACAAGUGUGACGCCUGCCUGCGCAUGGGGAACCUGUACGACAUCGACGAAGACCAGAUGCUCCAGGAGUCCGGCAACCCGGCCCCGCCGGAGGUCGCGUUUGAGCCAGACUGGGGGCGGAGUAGCACGCUCCAGCUCCAGAAGAACAAGCUGCGGAUCAACAGGCAGCACUCAUACGACAACAUCCUCGACAAGCCCCGGGAGCUGGACCUGGGGAGGCCCUCCCGGAGCAUCAGCCUGAAGGAUAAGGAGAAGCUUCUGGAGUGCAGUUCAUAUGGCACCCUGUUUGGUGUCCCCCAGAGCCAACUGGCAGGCAACCAGAGCUUGCUCUUCUCCCAGACUCUGGAGGAUGGCCGGCGGAGCAAAUCCCUGUACCCCGACCACUCCUUGGACAACCCGUUCCUGCGCUCCUAUCGGGAUGACCAGCACCUUGUUAUCGGGAGAUGCCCCUCUGACCCUUACCGGCAGUCCUUGCCGUCCCAGGCCAGAAAUGAGAACUACUGGCGGUCGUCCUUAAGGUCCACGGCCUCCUACUCUUCCAGAGACAGCCGGGUCCAUAACGACGUGUACAUUUCGGAGCAUGCGAUGCCUUACGUUGCCAAUAAGAAUAGUGUGUACUCUGCUCCCAGGGUUUUAAAUUCCUGCAGCAAUAGACGCGUAUAUAAGAAAAUGCCUAGUAUCGAAUCCGACGUUUAAAGCUUCCACUGACGCUCUAGCUAUGGGGAAACAUAACUGCCAACAUCUCCCAAGUCGAAAAGGCAACUUGGGGCAGUUCUUCUGGGCUGGGGGCUGGGAAUUGACGGGUCAGGCCUCCCGGUCACCCCAUGACAGAGCUCUCGGUCUGCCUCGUGUAGAAAAAAAACAAAAAACCCCUUGGUGAGGAGGGUGGGGCACGAUUGGAGGAUGGAUCGUUGCCGGGCAACGACGGUCUCGUGGGGCUCCUCCCCUUGUAUGUUGGCGCUUAUGUUCCUGUCUCUUCAGAUGCGUCACUUUAUGAUUUUCUGAUUGUCUGAGUUUGGGUAAGGUCACUCGGUGUAUUUUUCUCAUCUAAAACGUCUGUGGUUUUCUACUUCCAAAUAAGCAAUAGGGUAUGCAUGUCAUUCGACACAGAUUACGACGAGGGAAAAAAAUAAGCUAAGAAUGUGUUUCUGCCGCUCUGAGAUGGAUCCAUUGCACGAGAUUAGAAGGCAGCCUGCAGCAGUUCCCACUUCAUUCUUACGCUCUUGAUCACCAUCAAAAAUGACCCCGAAGCUCAGGGCCCUGAAGGAGAAAAAGGAAACCGGUGCAUAAGCACAAACACGGCUCCCAUCACUCUAGUCUGUCAUGGGGGAUGGAUGAGGAACUAUA